AUGCUGCGCUCCCCCAUCAACCUGCUGCUGAUGAACAUUUCCAUCAGCGACCUGCUGGUGUGCGUAUUGGGCACUCCGUUCAGCUUCGCGGCCAGCACGCAGGGACGGUGGCUCAUUGGAAAAGCGGGGUGCGUUUGGUACGGCUUCGCCAACUCCCUGUUUGGUAUCGUGUCCCUCAUCUCCCUGGCUGUCCUCUCUUAUGAGCGCUACACCACCAUGGUGGUCCCUGCUGAGGCGGACCCCUCCAACUACCGUAAGAUCUGCCUUGGCAUCAUCCUUUCCUGGGUGUACUCCCUCAUCUGGACCAUGCCACCACUCUUAGGUUGGAGUCACUAUGGUCCCGAAGGUCCCGGGACCACAUGCUCUGUAAACUGGAUGGCCAGGACAGCGAAUAACAUCUCUUACAUCAUCUGCCUCUUUGUCUUCUGCCUCAUUAUUCCAUUCCUGGUGAUCGUGUUCUGCUAUGGGAAGCUGCUGUGUGCCAUCAGGCAGGUGAGCGGGAUCAACGCAUCAACGAGCAGGAAGCGCGAGCAGCGCGUGUUAUGCAUGGUGGUAGUUAUGGUGAUAUGCUACCUCCUGUGCUGGCUGCCGUACGGCAUCAUGGCCCUGAUGGCCACAUUCGGGCCACCGGGCUUCGUCACGCCUGAGGCAAGUAUCAUCCCCUCGGUCCUGGCCAAGGCGAGCACGGUCGUCAACCCGGUCAUCUAUGUCUUCAUGAAUAAACAGUUUUACAGAUGUCUCCAAGCCCUGCUGCGUUGUGAGGCUCCUCAAAGAGGCUCCAGCAUUAGGAGCUCGUCCAAGGUCGCCACCAAGGCCAUGAGGGGUGUACCAGUCCCUGGCCCCCGCCGCAGCAACGACUUACUAUUUAUGGUAGCUUCCUUGGGCCAACCAGCCGUCACUCUGCCCCAGCUGGCCCCUUCCUUUGAGCUCACAAAUGGUAUUACCAAAGCCCCUUCGUCAGACAUCAAACCUGCGAUGGUAUCACUAGUGGCCCACUUUGAUGGCUGAUGAGCCAAUACACUCAGCCGGGAAGUCAUUAAUAAUGAGAGCGGUGGUAUAACUGAGGCUUAGAGCAGCAGCCUGCCAGUCUAGGUGGAUUCACACAGCUGUUGCAUCAUUUCUGCCCAGGCUCAUAGAGACGGACCAUUAAAGGGCAAUCUUAGACUGCCUCUGGACAAUAUGAGCAGAUAUCAAAAGGUGGCAAACCUGCAAGAGGUCUGCAGGAGUCUCUGUAGAGAGAGAUCACCCGUCGCGCUGAGAAGGAGCAUUUGAAGGAUGAUCUUGUCAUAAUUUUAGGAGGACGCAUAGUCAGGCUGCAAUGAUUGAAGAGGAACGGGAAAAUGUCUGUUCAAAGAGCAGGAAGAGACAUAGGACAUAUUGAUUGGUUACCCUAUGUGGUUACCAAGUGAGGUUGCAGAACAAAAAUUUACCAUGCAUUUUUAAGUCUUUGCUCAGGUAGAAAAAAAAACUAAAGGUUGGCAGAUUAAUCAGAAUACCAUGGAAACAUUUCAACUAUCAGUCAUUCCUUAUUUUGUCUCCUUGACCUUUUUAAUACAAAAAUUUUUUAAAUGGAAUUAACUACUUAUUGUACACGUAGUAUUGCUAGCAUGCUAGCAACAUUCACAUAUUUCUUCAAGCAAUCUGACUUAAAUGUCAAAGAAGUAGGUGCAUGUUAAAAAGUUACUGUGUAUUUUCUUCAGUAAAGACGGCACGCAUACUGUUGCAGUCAAUAUGCAAUAUCUGGCCAUAUUCAGUGGAUAGCACUACCACAGAUACUUGGUAUGUAGGUUAAAACCCUGAAAACAUGUGCCUCUCUGGAGGUUCCUGGUUUUUUUUAAUUACACAUUUCCACAUUAACAUACGUGUGCACAGAAGGUGGCCCGUUUAUUUAAGAAGGAUUGAGGUCAAGGGCCGCUGUAAUGUGACAGAGUUGACCCCAAGACAUCCUGGAAUUCAUCAACAGUUUAGUGCCUUGCUCAGGGGCACACUGUCAAUAUAUGUAGACAGGUAUAAUAUUAAGGACAACAUUUGCCUUCACAAAAGCAACUGUGAUGUGCCAUGAUCUCAGACAAUGCAACAGCAUCGACAAUGCGAGAGAUUUCCUCUACAGUUAAAGACUUUAUCCAAGGAAACUCAAUAUAGAAUAAUGUUCUUUUGUAUAUCUUGUUUGCAAAGUGCUUGUUUGCAUCUAGUUAACAAUUUUUGAUAACCAAUUUUCCACUUUCUCUCUUGCGACGCAAAGUGUCAUUUCUGAAAGCAAUGCAUUAGUGCCAUGAGCCGUGUGUGGUACUUUUGGCUACUGCACAAUAACGUGUGCAAUUUGUUUUUUGAAAUCAAUUUUAGCACACAGGCGGCUUCCCUUGUGCGGAGAAGAUAUAGAUUAAUGUACACAAGGUGACACUGAAGCCAAAGAAAUCCUAAUAUUUUUGAGAGCGCUGUUCAAUAAAGUUUUUCAAUCAAAAUA